CAGCAACCACGCCAUGAAUCUCCAAGCCUUCUUCCUCAUCAUACUAGCCUUCAUUGUUCCUUAUGUGAUCUUCUUAUCCAUCAAACAGACACAGAGGAGGCAGAGGCUCCCUCCUGGACCUUACAGGCUACCCAUCAUAGGAAACCUGCACCAACUAGCUGGCUUCAAUCAUCGAUCCCUUAAACUCCUCUCCAACAAACAUGGACCACUCAUGUUCUUGCAACUGGGUUCAUUUCCUUCUAUUGUAAUCUCUUCAGCCAAUAGAGCAAAAGAGAUCUUCAAAACCCAUGACCGUAUAUUCUCCAGCAGACCAAUUUUUUAUACUGCGAAGAAGCUUACUUAUGACUGCUCUAAUGUCAGUUUUUCUCCAUAUGGGGAUUACUGGAAGGAGGUCAGGAAGAUUGUUACUACAGAACUAUUUAGUGCAAGUAAGGUCCAAUCUUUCAGGGCAGUGAGGGAGGAAGAGAUUGAACUCAUGAUGGGCUCAAUUGAGAUGUCUUCAGGUGCUGUGAAUCUCAGUGAAUUGACACACUCUCUGUCGAAUAACAUCGUGUGCCGCGUCGCGUUUGGUAAGAAAUUGGAGAGAAAUGGACGUGAUGGAUCAAGCAGAUCUUUCCAUAGACUGCUUCAUGAAAUACAGAAGUUGGCUGUAGAAGUUAGUGUGUCAGAUUUCUUUCCAUGGAUGGAGUGGCUUAACAAAGUCAACGGCCUUGAAGCAAGGGUAAAAAAACAUUUUAGAGAGCUAGACAAGGUCUUUGAUCAAAUACUAGAAGAACAUCUUGAUCCCAAAAGGCCUAAAUCGGAUCAUGGUGAUCUUGUAGAUGCUCUGCUUCGAUUUCAGAACGAUCCGGCUCAAUCCAUUGCCCUUACUGACAAUCAUGUCAAGGCCAUUUUCGCGGAUGUGUUUACCGCGGGGACUGAUACAUCAGCGGCCACGCUGACAUGGACAAUGACAGAGUUGAUGAGGAAUCCAUCAGUGAUGAAGAGAGCACAAGAGGAGAUAAGGAGAGAAGUCAAGGGAAAGAAAGUGGAGGAGAAGGACCUUUCGCAACUAAUGUACCUGAAGUCAGUGUUGAAGGAGUCCUUCAGAGUCCAUCCGCCAGCACCACUGCUAGUGCCAAGAGAGACAUUAGAGAGUUGCAGAAUUGGAGAUUAUGAAAUUCCUGCAAAUGCAAGGGUGUUCAUAAAUGCAGGGGCAAUAUCCAUGGAUCCCAAAUCGUGGGAAAGCCCAAAUGAAUUUCGACCGGAAAGAUUCAUGGGUAGCUCAGUUGACUUCAGAGGACAACAUUUUGAGUUGAUUCCGUUUGGGGUUGGUCGAAGGAUUUGUCCUGGAAUGAACUUUGCAGUCCAGCUGAUUGAACUCGCACUCGCAAACCUCUUGUAUCGAUUUGACUGGUUCUUGCCUAAGAACAUGACCAAAGAGGAUUUGGAUUUGGAAGAAGAAUCUGGGAUUACAAUGCACAAGAAAAUUCCUCUGCAUCUGAUAGCUACCCCUGCGAUACUGUAAAUGUAUGGUAGAAAUAGAUAUGUUUUAGCUCUUAAAUUACUCUCUCAAGUAUUCUCCAAGAAAAUACUAUGAAGAGUUCUGCACGUUCUGCUGGAA